CCAAAUAAACCCCCCAAAUCUCACCAACCUCAGGAAAAGCCUUACGUCAUGAUGCACAAGAGCUCCAACUUUUCCGGCAACGCUCGCUUCUAUGGUUACUGCAUUGACAUCCUCGAGCGCGUGGCAGGCAUGGUAGGAUUCAAUUACGAGAUCGAGGUGGAGGAGAGCGGUCGUUAUGGCAACUACAACCACACGACCGGCGAGUGGGAUGGCCUCGUUAGGGUCGUGGCCGACAAGGUAGUUUUGAGAUUGGGCAACAACGCGACGGGGAACGGCCGCUACGUCGGCUUCUGCGUCGACCUCCUGCGCCACGUGUCGAUGAUGGCCGGAUUCGACUACGAAAUCGUGCUCUCCGGCGACGGCGUCUACGGCCUGAUCGACACCGAGACGGGCGAGUGGAACGGCCUCGUCAGGGGGCUCAUCGACAGGAAAGCUGAUUUGGCAGUGGGCUCAAUGACGAUCAACUAUGCACGCGAGAGUGUGAUUGACUUCACGAAACCUUUUAUGAACCUCGGUGUCUCCAUCCUGUUCAAGAUCCCGACGAGCCAGCCGACGCGCCUGUUCUCGUUCAUGAAUCCUCUGGCGGUGGAGAUCUGGCUGUACGUGUUGGCCGCCUACGUCCUCGUCUCCUUCACCAUGUUCGUGAUGGCGAGGUUCUCCCCCUACGAGUGGAACAACCCUCACCCUUGUAACACAGAGAACGACGUGGUUGAGAAUCAAUUUAGCCUCAAUAACUCUUUUUGGUUUAUAACGGGGACGCUCCUGCGACAAGGGUCUGGUCUCAACCCGAAGGUGCCCCAACGCGCGCCUCAUCGCCUCUUUAGCUUCAUGAACCCUCUAGCUAUUGAAAUCUGGCUCUACAUCCUCGCUGCCUAUGUGGUUGUGUCCCUCACCAUCUACAUCGUUGCUCGCUUCUCCCCCUACGAGUGGCAGAAUCCUCACCCUUGUUACGAUAAUCAUGAAGUGGUGGAAAAUGACUUCACUCUCGGAAACUCCUUCUGGUUUACAAUAGGGACGCUCAUGCAGCAGGGAUCUGAUCUUAACCCGAAGGCCGCCUCAACCAGGAUCGUGGGCGGCAUCUGGUGGUUCUUCACUCUCAUCAUCAUAUCGUCGUACACAGCUAAUCUGGCGGCCUUCCUUACCGUCGAGAGGAUGAUCACGCCCAUUGAGAGUGCCGAGGACUUGGCUGAUCAGAACGAUAUAGAAUACGGGACGCUGGAGGGCGGCUCCACUAUGGCCUUCUUCAGGGACUCGAAGAUUGAGACCUACCAGAAGAUGUGGCGCUACAUGGAGAGCAAAAGGCCGUCGGUUUUCGUCCCGACCAUCGAGGAAGGCGUCCGGAGGGUCCUCGAAGGAAAUUACGCUUUCCUGAUGGAGUCGACGAUGCUGGACUACACCAUCCAGAGGAAUUGUAACCUGACGCAGGUGGGCGGCCUCCUCAAUUCCAACUCCUACGGGAUCGCCACGCCCAUCGGCUCCCCGUGGCGUGACAAGAUCUCUCUCGCCAUCUUAGAGUUGCAGGAAAAAGGUGUUAUUCAAAUGUUAUACAGUAAGUGGUGGAAGAACACGGGAGAUGUGUGCAACAGAGAUGACAAGAACAAGGAUUCAAAGGCUAAUGCACUCGGGGUGGAGAACAUAGGUGGUGUGUUCGUAGUCCUUCUCUGCGGCUUAGCCCUCGCCAUCGUGGUCGCCAUUUUGGAAUUUUGUUGGAAUUCCCGCAAAAACGCGCAGAGUGAUCGGUGGCUUGAUGAAGAUGAGGAUGAGGAAGAAGACGAAGAAACAGACGAGGAAGCAGAAUAUGAUGAAAAUGGGGAGAGGAUAAAAAGACCGAGAUCACCACGGCCGCAGCAGUCGCUGUGCUCCGAGAUGGCCGAGGAGCUCCGCUUCGCCAUGCGCUGCCACGGCUCCCGCCAGCGGCCGGCGCUCAAGAGGAACUGCUCGCGCUGCACGCCGGGCACCACCUACGUCCCCGCCGCCACGGACUUGCCGCAGGCCAACGGCGAAAACGGUCUCCUCCCCAUGAUCGAGUUCAGGAAGUCGUCCGUGGUGCAGUUCGACUCCCCGAGCCCCUAGCUACAACUGCAGGCGGUGACGGUGGCAGCAGCAGCGUUCAGGACGGUCCCUUGCCUCCUUCAUCCGUUCGGCUACCCGACCGGAUUCGCGCGCCUGCACUUCCGCGAACGCUUUGUCGACGAGCUCACGCAGGCGGGAAGGUCGGAGGUUUUCCAACGAUCUACGAGCAACGGGGUUAUUCUCCUCGUUGUUCGUGCGGGUUUUGAGUGAAUAUCUCUCUUUUUUUCCUUUUUCUUUUCAUCUUCAAAUUCGUCUUUCUAAACCGUCGGUGAAUCCGCCUCUGAUAUAGGAUGCAAGAACGCGACCACGGGACGCCUUGCAUAGUUGCAUAGACAUCAACAGCUGGCGAGUCGAAUUGUGUAAAUACUUUCCUCUUCGUCAGACCAUGACCAUCGUGAAAAUCGGUGUCCUGAACCGUCGUUGCAACAAGUGUCCUAAAACUACAAUGUGUGUCCUAUAUUGCAAUGUGUGUCCUAUAUUGCAAUGCGUGUCCUAUAUUGCAAUGCGUGUCCUUGGUGAAACGCAGUGAAUAGCAGUAACUAUCCAUUGGGAAACGAGCAGAAUAAGUGUGAAGGUUCUCUAUAGGAAAACAUACGCGAGACAGGUUUACGUGUAUCAAUAAUUUUCGAAGAGUGCCACAAGAAUGUAAAAAAAAAAAAAAAAAAAAAAAAAGUGCAAGGAAGAUGAAAAUAAGAAAUUAUAUACGACGUAAAAGGAAAGAAAAUGGUCAAAAGACUUGUAAUAAAGAUAUUGUGACAGUCAUUUGGAAUGGUAUUGAAAAAAAAGCCAAUGGAAAAGAAAAAAAAAGUUAUAUAAAUAAUAUAUAAACAAUAAAAAAAAAAUCUAACAGAUUUUUUUCCUGAAACAAUAAACAUUAUACUGAAGAAGUGUUUUGUGAUGUUUUAAAAUUUGUAUUAAGAAAAUAUUUAUUUUGAAACAAACUGUAGGCGAUAACAUAAAGAAGUUAUCGGUAGGUCCCAAAUCAUAGGAAAUCAAUCACAAGAUAAGUAAAUAAAUAGAUUAAUAAAAAGAAUGAAAAUAAGAAAAAAAAAAAACAUAAAAAAGAGAAGUUUCAGAAAUGCAAAGAGGAUAAACUUCUUGCUAAAAAAAGAACAAAAAACGUAAUAGUCUGUAAGUUUUAUAUAUAUAUACAUAUACACAUAAUCUCAUAAUAUAUCCGAAAUCUACAGGAAAGAAGUGCAUCCAGAAAUGCAUUUUUUUUGUUUUGCCUCCUUUCCCAGUGUGUAAUAUAUCAAAAACUAUUUUGUAAAUAUUUACACAACACAUAGACAUGAAGCUGCCUCUAAUCAAGGAUAUAAAUGCCCACAGCUAUGGUUAUGCCUUAUGCUUCUCUAACUUUGCCCGAGUGAAUAAGAACUUUUUAUAUUUCUAUAUCGAAACGUCUGUUCUAUCUCAAGCAUACAUCCGCCGCGCCAACUAAGCUUCGGAUUACAGACGCUAGAUGGCAGUGCUGGCGCCAUCACUAGAACUGGGCAGCGAGUUGGCGUUCUUCUAUAUUUUCAGUAUCCUAUUUGAAGCAUUCAGUAAUAUCUUGAUGUGUUUAAGGACGAGGUUUAAAUAAUAAUAAACAAUAAUAAUAAUAACAGUAAUAAUACUACUAAUAAUAACAAUUAUAAAAUCUGUUUUUUCUUUCUCUAAGGACAUUGCAAAAAUCCCAUAUAACUGUACAUGUACGCACUGUGAUAUAUGUUAUCUUAACGCAAUACCGAGUUGUGUACAGAUUUGAACAGAGAUAGUUGUCAAUGUGUGUGCGUAACUUAAGGGUGUUCUCACUGUGUAAGAGUUCUGCGUGUGUGUGCGUUAUCAGCGCCUUUUUUCUUCUUUUUGGAAGAACUUGCAUAUGGGGAAAAAACAAUUGAAGGCCGUGGGUCUGUUCCAAUAACGAAUUGUUGGAAGGUUUCGUCCAAAGGAACAAAGUGAUGGACUCUUCAUUGCUUCAUUUGAUCUAAUGUUUAUUCCUUGUUUUAUUACUUUUUUUUUCUAAACAUAAACAUAGACACAGACAGACUGCACUACACUACACCCACACUAUACAACCAUACCUACAAAUAUACACAUGCACAUACACAGACUUACAAACACGAAUACAUAAUUUGUCACUUAAUGAACUAACGCCUUUUGUUCAUUUUCACGUCGCGUGAAUUUCCCUCGAACGAUUUCUAUUUUGAAUUGUUCAUUUCCCAAACUUGAUACUAUGUGUAGCUGUAAAAGGCCUGCAUCAAUCCUGCAUAUGUAUUAUUUACACUUAUAAAUAUGUAUUAUUUACACUUACAAAUAUGAAUUAUUUACACUUACAAAUAAGUAUUAUUCACACUUACAAAUAUGUAUCAUUUACACUUAUGAAUAUGUAUCCUUUACACUUACGAAUAUGUAUUAUGUACACUUACAGGUAUGUAUCACUCACACUUACAAAUAUGUAUUAUUUACACUUACAAAAUAGUAUGAAUGGAAUGUUUAUAAUUAAGAAGUGAAGUAUGAAAGCCAGCACGUGUGAUUUGAACCUGAUGUUACUAAUACUUAUAUUUUAUUCCUUGUGAGAAAAUAAUGAAAUUUGUAUUGCUGACCAACUUUUUUAUCUUCACUGAAUUGUAAAAGUUUCAUUCUUAUAGAAGAAGCAGAGAUAAGAAAGUGGUAAAUGAGACACAAAAGAGAAAAUGUUGUCGCAAUAUUGCCUAGUUAUCUGUUUUAUGGACUUCAGGUUUUAUAAAGACUUUUGGGUUUGGGGAAGAUGUAUAUAUAUAUACAUAAAAAAAGGAGCCAACGAGAAAAUUCGUAAAUUUGUUUGGCUGGAAUGUAUGAUCCGACGGAAGCGUCUUAUUUGUUUUAUGGGCCUAAAAGUCCGCAAAACUUCCGACAACAAAGCAAUGCAGACUAACAAUAUAUAUAUGUGUGUGUGUGUGUGUGUGUAAAUA